GCGCGAUUUAGGUCUCUCACUCCUCAAUUUCAAACCCUUCUUCUCCGGCGUAAAAACCCUAGUUCUCCUCUACAGUCUCUACUCCACCGUAAAAUCCAACGAUGCUUCCCCACUCGUACACCGUCGAUUCCCUCUCGCAAUCACAAGACCUAGCCUCCUCUAUCCUCGCAGCUUCGACGCCGCCGCAAAUCUCCGCGGCUUGCUCCUCCGUCGAAUCGUUUCUUCACUCCCACACGCCUGAUCAGUGCCGCCAUUUCUUCUCCAUCACGUUCCCGAGCUUAAUCUGCAAGAUCUUCGGCUUCGGCGACGCAACAACCGCUCCGUCUCCGUCCCCGCCGAACGGUUGGAUCGAUGUAAUCGCGGCGGUUAACGACUCAGAUCUAUCGGGGAAAGUGUUCUCUCUCUUAUCCCCUAGUGGAAUACUCAUGAGCUCGAUCUUUGCCGUUGAUAAGCUUUCUCUUGUUAAGUACGUCUUCCCUGUAGAGCGUUUACCUGAGUAUGCUCGAUUCAUGUUAUCAAGCGAGAAAGAUCGAACCGCGUUAUCGAAUUUGUGUCCCUUUCUGAAAGGUAAAAUCGAGGAAGGUUCGUCUUGUGAAGUUAGGCUCAACGUUUUCGAGUAUUACAUGUUUUGGCUCUCUUAUUAUCCGAUUUGUAGAGGAAACAACGAUGGUUCGUCUAUGAAUAUGAUUCCUGUUCAGAAGAAAAAGAUGUUUAGGUUAGAGAGUUGGACGCGUAUCAGAGGCUUUCCAGGGAGUAGUGGCAAACGUGAUUCAGAUCAGAAGCUGGAGUGUAAUCUCUACGUGAGGAUUCUUUACUCUUAUUUGAAAGAGUUUGUUCCUGUUUUUGAUUUGAAUGCGCACCAGCCUUAUCGUAGCUCUCUUUUGCAAUACGGGAAUGGGUAUGAUGGGUCGGUCAUGGCGAGAGCUGAGUUUUUAGUGAAUCUGUUUGUUCACUAUUGGAUUGUUGAGAAUGACUUCUCGCCGUUUCCUGUUGUGACGGCUAAAUCGUUUGGUGUGGGGCCUCCUUUUCGUUCUGCUGUGGAGGAGAUUCCACCUACUUGUGGGUUGGAAGAAGUUGUGAAGUUGCUUGUGAAGUAUCUGAAUUUGAGCUGGGUUACAAGUGGUGUUGGGAGUGAAAACUAUGUUGAGUAUGGUGAGAGUCCACGGUGGAAGACACCGAGUUCGGGAUCGUCAUUCCAUGUUGCUAAUUUGAGUCUAAGGCCGCUCACUUCAUGGAAUACCCAUUUGCAGAGGCCUCUUUACCGAUAUAUAUUGAGGAGUUUCUUGUUCUGUCCCAUUGGGAGUUCUAUUAAGAAUGCAUCUCAGGUGUUCUCCAUAUGGGUUACGUACCUGGAACCAUGGAUGAUCAGUUUGGAUGAUUUCUCAGAUCUAGAAGCUGCUUUAAAUGGAUCUGUAAAGGAUGCGAAAAAGGAAGAGUCUUAUGAAUCACGUGGUUGUGGAUACACGUCUUUGUGGCAGAGCUAUGUGAUAUCAAAUUAUCUCUACUACAGCUCUCUGGUUAUGCAUUUUAUUGGCUUUGCGCACAAGUUCCUUCACACAGAUCCAGAAAUGAUAACUCAGAUGGUUCUGAAGGUGAUGAGUAUAUUGACAUCGUCCAAAGAUCUUUUGGUUCUGAUGAAGAAUAUUGACAAAGCCUUUCACUCUAAACAAUCUGGACCAGGAAAUUCAACAGUGAACGAGUUCUCUAAAUUUGUUCCUUCUAUCCGUGAGCAGUUGAAGGACUGGGAAGAUGGGCUGUGUGAGAGCAAUGCUGAUGGGUCAUUCUUGCAUGAAAACUGGAACAAAGACUUGAAACUCUUUAGUGAUUGUGAAGAUGGCGGACAACAACUGCUUCAGCUAUUCAUACUGCGCGCAGAAGUCGAAAUGCAAGCUGUGCCAGAGAAGAACCUCUCCGAAGCCCUCAAGUGUGUAGAUACACUAAAACAAGUGGUGUCAAACUUCUUCGGCGGGCAUGUAAUAAAACCAAUCGCCUUUUCCUUAGAUCUGGACCAUCCUCAGAAAAACCGUGACGAGCUCUUCAAGCCACGCGGUGCUAUGAACCAAAUGGCAAGCAGCGUGAAGUACAAAGGAGACUGGAUGACACGUCCCGUGUCAGAAGACGAGGUUGCAUGGAUGGCGAAGCUACUAAUCAACAUCUCCAUCUGGCUCAACGAACGUCUGGGGCUAAACCAACCUGAGACCAACAGUGACAAGAAAGAGAAUUCAGAGUCAGUGUCGUAUGUAGAUGUAUCUGAGGUGGAUUCGAGGAAUGUCGCUGGACCUGGAGAUGCUGGGAGGAUGAUGCUGCGAGGGGUGGUGAUGCUGUUUGGUUCGGUGUUGCAGCUGAUGAGAAGAUAUGGUGUUCGAGUCAACCUCCGGGUCAUGGCGUCGAAGAAGUUUCUGAUGCUUUUAUUUCUAUAUGUCGUGUUUGUUUUACUCAAAAGGUUUGUCACUAGGAUGAUUUGGUAGAAUGUCCACGUAUAGUCUGUAAUGAGUAUAGCACAAAGUACAACGAUGACCCUCCUUCUCAUGGAGAGGUUUUUAAUAGCUGUUGGAUGGAGUUUUUUGGUAGUUACGUGUUGCUGCCACUAGCUAUUGAUUGGUUUUCUUUUUUGAGACGUGUCUUUGCUUGUCGCAACCAAUGAGAGAACU